GCUCGUAUCUUUAGCCAUCUUGUGGAGCGGUUAAGUGAAGUGGGUUGUUUUACAGCGCUUCUGCUCUCCGCAGUCAGAGCGCCGUUACCUCCGACACUCUGCGCUUCAGCCUUAAAGGAACCUAAAGAGAAAAACAGAAACCGCAGCCACCUUUUCACAAACUCCGGCUGCUCCGAAACGGCGCUGAAGCGUCUUUAUUUCUCCUCCGAGGUGGGUUUCGUUCGCUACUUCGUUCACGAAGCAGAGGCCGAGGCCGGCGGUGGAUUGCGAGGCCGCGGGCAGCCUUCCCGCCUCAGCCCGGAGAAAGCAGCCUCAGCCCCGGGGAGCUCGACGGCCCACGCCGGCGUCGCUUCGGAGCCUGAAAAGCGGCGUUAAGGCCUCUCCGAGACGGGUUUGAAGCGGGGAUUCGGUUUUUAAGGACCCAUCCACUUCUUAAUGCUCCCGCGGGCGACUUUUCGGGGCUUUUUUGAGGGCUUAAUUGUGUUAAAAAAGUCGUCGAAAAAUGCAACAGGAGAGAAGAGGAAGAGCGACGAUGACGCACAGGCUAACGGCAGUUAGCUUCAAAAUCUGAGCGAGAGACAGACUCGGCUAGGUUUCCUUCUCGGUGUGGAUUUGUUUUGUGGCGGAUUCCUGAUAUUUAAAAAAGUUUUUUGGGCCACCUUGUGGGUGUUUACUGACCCCUUUUCAGGCAUGUCUAAGAUGCCGGCGAAGAAAAAGAGCUGCUUUCAGAUCACCAGCGUGACUCAGGCUCAGGUGGCAGCCAGCGGGCAGCCGGACGACACCGAGAGCCUGGACGACCCAGACGAGUCCCGGACGGAGGACAUUUCUUCAUCCGAGAUCUUCGACAGCGUGUCCCGGGCCGAGUUGGAGCCUGGGGCCGGCGAGAGGAGCUCCUCUGAGGAGACUCUGAACAACGUGGGAGAGCCAGAGGCUCCUCACAAGCCGGCCCCUUCCAACGGUGGGUUCGGGCCUAGGGAGGUGGGAACCUUGCAGUCGGGACAACAAGGAGCACCGGCGCCUGCCCAGUCGUCCCAGGUGCCCCAGUCAUCCUCGGGGGUCAGCAGUGUGUCCUGCAGUUCUCGCUUCAGGCUCAUCAAACUCGACCAUGGUACUGGAGAACCUUUCAGGAGAGGCAGGUGGACCUGCACGGAGUAUUACGAAAAAGACUCUGACGUGGGUAGGACUGUGGACAGCAUACGGCACGUGAAUGUGAGCGAGCAAGGGACAGAUAGAGACAGCGGGCUGGGGGCCACCGGAGGGUCCGUGGCCGCCCCGUCCGGCCUUUCCGGCCAGGGGGCCGAGUCGUCCGCCAUCGACCCGGCUGCGCUUCAGGCUUCUCUGCAUCCUUUUGAACAGCAUGGUUAUGGUGUUGGGCAGCAGCAGCAGCAGGUGCCUCCUGGUUCUGGGACGGUGACCUCUGACACCCUGGGUAGCAAGCAGUCUCACGUCGUUGUUCCUCAUAGCCUUCUCCCACCUGGGCACAAUGGGUUGCAUCAAGGUGGUCACGUUCAGAAGUCGCCUGGAGUCGCCCCGGCUCCGCAGCCGCAGUCGCUGCUCUAUCAGACCCAACAGCAGCAAACGCCGCAGCAGUUACCUCUAGGACACCACCUGCCAACCCAGCCUGGCCUGGUCGAAUAUGGACAGCAGCAUUUGCCUCUAACCGUCGCCCAGACCCAUCCGGGUGCUAGUUUGUCUGUGGUUCAUCCAGUCAGCCAAGGGCCGUCUCCUGUCCCAACUCCAGGAGCGGGGGGCGUGGCAGUCUUAGGUGUUCCAGGCGACAUGGUGGGCAUCCCUGGUGGCGUUCCUGUUCCUGGCCAGCCUGGAUCUUCGGUUCCAAACCUGCUGCCCCAGCUCGGGGCAGGAAUCAUCAGCGGUGUUGCCACUAUUCCGCCAGGAUCGUCGGUUCAGCUGGGACAGUAUCCACCCGCAAGCAUGGCGGUACCCCCGCAGAAUGCCCAAACCUUGCCUGCAGUGCCCGCGUCAGCCGGAAUGGGCAGUGUGCCUGUUUCGAGUGGGCACACUUCAAUGCCAGCCAGCGGAGGCGUGCCCGUGCCCAUGCCCAACGCAAGCUCAUCCGCACACACACAGCAAGCCCAAGUGGCCCGCAACGGAACGGCCGUCGCCGGGUUCGGCCAACUGGAGGAGGGCCGGAGGAAAUCAGACGUUCAGGCCCAGGUUCCUCUGGUGCCAGGUAAAGAUCUGGGCAAGCCUCUGAUCACGGAGGACCUGCCUCUGGCUAACCCCGGAGUAAACAGCCUGUUUGGAAUAACCAUCCCUAUUGACGGGGAUGAUGACAGGAACCCCUCUACAGUUUUCUACCGAGCCUUCCAGCCUGGCAGUAGGCUGCGCGACUCGAAGCCUCUGGGCGAUAGUGCCUCUGGAGCAAGUGUCGUUGCCAUUGAUAAUAAAAUAGAGCAAGCAAUGGAUCUGGUGAAAAGCCAUCUGAUGUACGCGGUGCGGGAGGAGGUGGAGGUGCUGAAGGAGCAGAUUAAGGAGCUGUACGAGAGGAACUCUGUGCUGGAGCGGGAGAACGCCGUGCUGAAGAGUCUCGCCAACAACGAGCAGCUCUCGCAGCUUUCGGCCGCUGCCACCUCGAACCCGAACAGCAACCCAAACAACCCCAGUACAAACCUCAGUGCCCCCAACCCCAACCCCAGCAGCACUCCCUCCCAGCCCCCGCCUCAGUUCCAGCCCGACAUCAGCCAAUCCACGAGCGUCCCGCUGCAGACGCUGCAGCCGCAGCCCAGCGUCACCUCCGCUUAGAGCUCCGCCCUCAUCCACUUCCUCACUGCGUAUGCCGGGGGGGCGGGGUUAAGCAGCAUCCUGAAAAUUUAAAGGGGCGCUCCGGUUUUUUUGGACCCGGGCUCUGUUGGAGGCAUCUGUAGCGUAGGUCACUCACACGGACAGCUGGGCAAGAGCCGGAAACUCAGCGGCUCAAAACAGGAAAGAGAAGCCGAUGGGCCGCCGCUCGGCUUCGGUUCCGAGUGUGUUUGAGUCGCUGCGUUUUCGGUCCUUUUACCAAACACCAGGACGUUUUGACAGUUAUUAUAUAAGUGUUGUACGCUGACAGAGGCAUCAGGCAGAGACGAGGUUGAGAAAAGCUGAAGCGUCUCUUUAAAUACAUCAUUAUACUCUCAGAAAAUAAAAGUCUUGUUCACCACCAGCUUAGAAAAAGCAAAACAGAGAAAAAAAAAAUUAAAAAAUCAACGAGCAGCGCUUCAGUGUGUGUCCGUGCUGUCGGCCUUCCCCGCGUCAGGAUGGACAGAGCGAAGAAAAAGGUGUGAGGAUGUAUGCCAGCAAAAGGGGGCGGAGCCUAAUGAUUAGAGAAGUGUUUUUUUUUUCUUUUUUUUCUUGUUUUUUUUUGUUUAUCAUUUUUGUUUAAUUUUUUAAAGGAAAAAUGAAAGAAUCCAGCCAUGAGAAGGGUUUAUUUUUUAGCGUUGCUGUUUUCAAGCAAGAGUCUAUUUUUCAGAGCCACCGUUACUUAACUUUCACGACAUGAUUAUAUAAAUAUAUAAAUAUAUAUAUAUAUUUUUUGUCUUUUUUCAACUCACCAGUCAAUUUGCAUUGUACUGUUAUUUAUUAGAGGGCUGCUAUGUUCAGAUCCUGACAGGUUUAGAGAGAAGGAAGCCUUUAUGUUUUGUUUUUGUUUUUUUUUUUUCCCUCCCCGAUCAAUCACUCGAUUUCACUCGACCCGACAGUGACGAUAAGAGCAAUCGAUAAGAGAAGAACAAUCGGAAGAACCGGCAGAAUUUCCGGACGCAGCAGUAAGAGCGAAAGCGACAGGGUGAGUUCAAACACUAACGGCAGUUUUACCUCUAAACUGAGAAUGUGAAGGGGUGAGACCUGGGAUGAAUGUACAUUAAUGUUUUUGUAUAGAGUGCAAAGCAUGGUGGGGGUUCUGUACAGCUUUUAAACGAAAGAAUGAAGAAGUCUUCACUUCCGUCACCGAUAUGCUGAAAACAAUCCGAAUCGCCAUGCCCCCCCCCACAAACCCCCCUCCACCCAGACCCCCAUGACCCCCCACCCUGAUGGUUUUGUGCAUAUGUUUAUCAGUUUUCUUCGUGUUUCAGGUUGGGAUGGGGAUUACAAAGCUGUGAAAAUCGUUUCAACCUACUUUGUAACCAAAGAUGCGAAGCAGUGUAACUAUUUUUUAUUUUAUUUUAUGCACAUCCUUUCCUUUGUAUUUUUUUUUUUUUCGUUUUCUCUCUUUGUUGCUUCCUCCUUCACGUUUCUUUUUCUUU